AUGGGUUCCAAGCCUAGAGGGUUGAAUGCCGCCCGGAAACUACGUGUUACUCGCAGGAAAAACCGAUGGGCAGACAAACAGUACAAAAAGCGCGCCCUUGGUAACAUUUACAAGACCUCACCAACUGGUGGUUCGUCACAUGCUAAGGGCAUUGUACUGGAAAAGGUCGGAGUUGAGGCCAAGCAGCCCAACUCGCCAUCCGAAAAUGUGUCCAACGAUGGCUGCUUGAACUUUGUGGAUGAAAACGACGAAGUUUUGAUUUCCGGCUUCGGUCGAAGUGGCAAAGCUAAGGGUGAUAUCCCUGGUGUGCGCUUCAAGGUCGUCAAGGUUUCAGGCGUGGGUCUCUUAGCACUAUGGAAGGAGAAGAAGGAGAAGCCACGCUCAUAG